GACGGGGCGGGGCGGCACCGUCCAGCAGCCGGAGCGGCGGAGCGAGGGGCAGGGGCGGCGGCGGCGGCGGCGCAUUUGACCGGCUUCCUUUCCCGGGGCGGCAUGGCCGAGCACGACCUGCUGGACUGGCUGCUGCGGGAGGAGCUUUUCCUGGGGAGCGAGCCCGAGCCGGAGCCGGUGCCCUGGGGCUUCCCGCAGGAGGAGGAGGAGGAGCUGGAGGAGCUGCUGCGGUGCCUCUGGAGCCCCGUCGGGGAGGAAUGGGACGGCUCCGGCGAGCCCUCCGGCCAGAGCAGCCUCGCCGAAGACCGGAGCCCGUCUCCCGCCAGCAGCCUCCCUGGCUCGGGCCGCCUGGAAUGGGAGCACGACUACUCCCUGCCCCUGCCUGCCGCCGCGGCGCCCACUGAGCCCUCCGAGGGCGACGUGGCCAUCGAUCUGGAAAUGUGGGCAGACGUGGAAACCACCGAGGGCCUCGGCCUUCCCACGGCAGCACUCUCGGCAGAGCCCCUGGUAGGAGGAGGCCUGCAGUUGGACUUCCCCCCGCUGGUCCUGACGGAUGAGGAGAAGCAACUCCUGGAGAAGGAGGGCGUCACGAUUCCCUCCCACCUACCCUUGACCAAGGCGGAGGAGCGGGUCCUGAAGCGAGUCCGGAGGAAGAUCCGCAACAAGCAGUCGGCCCAGGACAGCCGCCGGCGGAAGAAGCUCUACAUGGACAACCUGGAGAGCAGGGUGCUGGCCUGCACGGCGCAGAACAGCGAGCUCCAAGAGAAGGUGCAGCUGCUGCAGAAGCAGAACAGGUCCCUGCUUGAGCAGUUGAGGAAGUUACAAGCGCUUGUUCAGCACUCCUCCACCAAGACUGCUGCGGCUAGUACCUGCGUCAUGGUGCUGCUCUUCUCCUUCUGCCUGGUCCUCCUGCCCAGCCUCUAUCCCCUGGGCGGCCAGAAGCAACCGUUGGGGCAGCAUGGAGUGUUGUCCCGAAAGCUGCGGGAGUUGCCAAGUGGGACUUCCCAGAUGUUGGCUGGUGCCCCGCAGCCAGCAGAAGCGACGAUGUCCCUCCCCCAUCCUGGAUCCCCCACGCUGCUUUCGUCAGAGAAAGCUCUGUCCCCCAAAGUCUUUGGGGCUGCAGGAAGCCUCAAUGGGUCUGUGGAAGGCCCACGGAGCACCCUGGAGACCGGGCCUCCCGCCUCGGCCGGCAACGGCAGCUCCUCCUCGGACUCCCCUUCUCCUGCCGUGAAGGGGCUCCUCCCGGCCCCCAAGGACCCUCCUCCGGGGAAGGAGAGGGCGCUCCCGCCUGCCUCUGUUGACCCGCAGCCUGGCUGGGCAGAUGGUGGUGCCCCAAGCGUCAUCCUGCAGCCCCAUCGCUCUGACGAGAUGUGAGGACUGAGGCUGGGGGCAGCUUUGCCCGCAAGGUGUAAAUGCUGAGAUCGGGAAGGGGAGACUCUGGACAGAGGUGGGGUAGCAGGAAAGCAGGAGGGGCUUUGCCCUGGUGGGGCUCCUCCGAUUGGGGCCUCACCUCAUUGGCCGGUUCCACCACAAAUCCGCGGUAGACUAAAGCGCGCUCGACGAAAGCGCGUACGUGACGUCAUCACAGCG